CUAGCCGGGGAUGGUACACUUUAACUCGGUGUGUGGCUGGCCUAUCAAGGAAUGAUGUAGACACAGCUAUCCAAUGGGGGUUUUCAUUAAUCAAGAGUACGGAUAUUGACACAUUUCACUCGGAUGGUACUCGUGCUCCGUAAAAGUACAUUAUCCGUACUGAAUACUAAUUUUAUCUGAGUAUUUGGCUCAACCCUAGUUAAUAUAAUGUCCUGGGUUUCUAUUAGAUCUAGAAACAUUGUUGUUAUUGUUGUCAAAUCAUUCCCGCCUGUCAAAUUAAAUUCCGGUUAAUUCAAUACUGUCUCCUACAACUUGUGUUUUUCUCUCUGCAGAGGAUGCUUAUACGAGGAACAAGUCAAAAUGCCUUCAAAGCAACUCGGUAGAAAAGAGCGAAGGAUGCUCUAUACCUUACUAGCUGGAGAGCUGGUGAUCAUGGCCGGGACCGUCAUGCUGGCUUACUACUUCGAGUACACCGACACCUUCAGCGUUCACGUGCAGGGCUUCUUCUGCUACGACACCACCUAUACCAAACCGUACCUGGGACCGGAGGACAGCAGCGCCGUCCCGCCCGUGCUCCUCUACGCUGUGGUGGCCGGACUGCCCACGCUGCUGAUCACAAUAACCGAGACAGUGCUGUUCCUGGUCCAGUACACAUCCAAAGAGUUUGAUCGCUCAGAGAAGACAGUAGCCACUGGGGACUGCUGUUACCUCAACCCACUAGUGCGCAGGACCUUCCGCUUCCUUGGAGUCUACACCUUUGGCCUCUUUACUGUUGACAUCUUUGUCAAUGCAGGCCAGGUAGUGACAGGCAACCUCGCCCCCUACUUCCUGACGAUCUGUAGGCCAAACUACACAGCACUGGGCUGCCAGCAGGCUAUGCGCUACAUCAGCCACCAGGAGGCCUGCACAGGAAACCAGGACGACAUCCUACGAGCCCGUAAAACCUUCCCAUCCAAGGAGGCCGCGCUCAGUGUGUACGCUGCACUCUACCUGGCUAUGUACGUGACCUGUACGGUGCAGGCGAAGGGCACUCGCCUAGCCAAACCGGUGCUGUCUCUCGGGCUCAUGUGUCUGGCUUUCCUCACCGGGCUGAACCGCGUGGCUGAAUACCGCAACCACUGGUCGGACGUCAUCGCUGGCUUUAUCAUCGGCACAGCCAUUGCUGCAUUCCUGGUGGUGUGUGUGGUCCAUAACUUCAAAGGCAAGCUACUGCUGAGCGAGGAGUCCCCCAUGGAGCAGCGGCCCAACAAAGCCAUGCUGAGCAUGGGCCGGAUGGAGAGUCCUUUGGAGAAGUACAUCGCCUCGCAGAAUCACAUCGCCUUUGCUGAGGUCACAUGACGUGGAGUCCGCCGUAUGGCAGACCCAUUGGACAUCCACUCUCUGCACCGUCCAAUCCAAUUAAAUGGAGUGCAACGCUAAACCCAUUCUCUGUUUGUGUCUGGUCUGCGGCAUGUUGUUCUAUGUUGUCUUUCCAGGUCCCUGUUGUCAUUUGCAGCUUCUCGUAUUUAAGUCAGUAACUCAGCAGGACACGUCGCUUCGUGUUCUUCAUCUAUGCACUUACUCUGAAUCCUUGACAGAAUCCAGCUUGCAGUGAGGCAAAGCCUGGAGCUUGUUGCACAUUGUGGGACACUAGAAGAACAAGUGAGGAGCUAAAGUCACUAUCUCAUCUCUGCCUAGGUCAAAUAUGUUCCCUAAGUUUGCUUAUUUGUGUUAAAUAACAUUUUUACAAAAAGAUGCUAUAAGGAAAACUAUCUUGUUAGUAAACAGACAGAGAGAAAAACCUUUGAUUAUGUUUAGUUAAGUUCAUCUCUGUGAGAGCUCAGAACAAAGAAGCAAAUUUGGAAAUCAAGAUUCAAGAUUCAAGAUUUUUAUUGUCAAAUGCACAACAAUAAAAUUAAGCAGCUAACAAUGCUAAAUCACUCUCUAUGUUUGUAUUCAUCUAUCAUUUUUUUUCCUGAACAUUUCUAUAAGGGUUUUGGAGUGUGCUUACAUUGUAUACUUUAUGCAGGCAAGUCCAACCAAUGAAAACACUAACUGCAUUCAAACAAAACUCUCAAGGGUUUCUUAGAUAAACCAGACAAUCACAACGUAGCCCUCGCUUUCUUUUUCUCUGUUUCUCUUUCAACUUUAACUUCCUUUGAAAAUCUACAAUUGAUUUCUCCCUAUUUUGUCAGAAAUAGUAUUAAUUCAUGACCUGCUUCCUGAAACCACAAAAUAAAGACAUGCUGAGCUGCCUUCAAACUGAGCUUACAUACUGUCUCCACUUUCAUCCUACGGCAAGUUGGGUCAUGAAGGCCUCUGAUCAUUGGCAAAGCUGCAAAUGUUUGUGUUGCAAAAUUUUGUUCUCAUGUAGCUUGGUAUAACUUUUAACAUGACAAAAUCAUCUAGUUGGAUUUACACAUUAGUUAUUGUAACUAUCAAUAAUGGACAUUAUAUUUUUCUUUUAAUGUAUAAAUGUUUGUACAAUUGAAAAUUUAGCCAUAUUUCUGUUAUACGUGUUGUGUUAGAAAACUUUUUUUUUUUCAAACAUAUUUUUAGUCACAUCAAUAUUUAGCUUUCCUCUUGUUUUUGAAAACCUUCUCUCUGUUUUUGAAAACCAUCAUGUCUUUCUUUUAGAUUGUUUUGAUGAAUCUUUCUGCCCCUAGUGGCCAAAAGUGAAUAAAUGCAGCUUUAACUGGUUUAUUUAUUGUCUAUUAAUAUUAACAUAUUCAAUUUGAUAUUAAGUAGUAACUAAUAUUAAUGUUGCUUUAAAUGGUACACAGAUUGUGUAUAUGCAGUGAGCCUAAUCAUUUUUCCGUGUAGCAAUAACUUGUCAGACUUGCUUUCCCAUCGGCAGAGAGGAGAGGAACAAAGUCAAGGUCUAAUUCUGGUACCCCUUCAAAUCUCUAUUUUUGUAAUAAUCACUAAAGCACUUAUGAAUAAAGACUUCGGGCAGGAACAUGCAAAAAGCAGCACUUUAAAUCAUGCUGUAAAUCCUCUCAUUGCUAAUGAAAUGCCACCAAUGUCUCUGCUGCUUUAAAACAAACAUCAGACUGAAUAUUCAGGAUUGUCAGCUCAAAUGUGCAUUGCAACAGCCAUCCUGGCUUAAUUAAAGGAGAAGAGAACUGUAAAAAUAUAUAUGUUCAAAUUAUAAAUAUAUAUAGUAUAACUAUCUCUAUACACUAACAAACACACAACACAAACAUACACACUCACCCGAUACACACAGGUGUGUGUUUAUCAGUGUCAUAUUCUACAUUAAUGCUGUCUAUUUUUUCGUAUGACUGUGCACUGUGUGAGUGAUCACAAUAUCUUUAAGCUGUUAUUACUUCAUGUUAUUUUACUGAAAUGAGAUUUCAUGUUGCUGUUCAAAGUUACAAUGACAUUUUGAUUCUGUGUUUUGUGAGUAGUGACAUUCAUGUUUGUUAUGUUCUUUUUUUGUUCCUUAGUCUAACAAACAUUUCACAUUUUUCCUGAAAUGACUUUGCUCUGAGACAUAAGUCACAUAUGUUUCUUAAAUGGUGGUCUUUACCUUUGUUCCCUUACUCUGUCAUGUGAUUUGUCAUGUGAUUUAUAUAUAUAUUUAUACAUAUUUUUUGCUUCUAGUGGAUCAUUUUGUAUGGAUGUUGUUUCUCUCAUUCUAUCCCUGUUCUUUUUAUAUAAUGCAUAUUUCUUUAAAAAACAAAUGUUCUUUUCAACUUGAGUUCAAACUGUGACCUUUUACACUGUAAAAUACAGAGUUUACAGCCUUUUUAAUAAAAAACAUUGAAA